GACUGUUGGACAGAAAGGCAACGGACAGAUGCUCCUCACAACGCACAGCAGAGACUUCUCCAUAGAGACCAGUCAGGCAGGAGAUACUGGAGGCUAAAGCGGCUGGACAGUGGAUGAACUGACUAGACUGGACAAUGGUCAGAGCACACGCAGGAAAUCAGAAUAGUGAUCCUCAGUAUUUAAGGAGAGUUACAGCAGCCUUGGAGUAGCACUAGGCAGUAAGAGCUGGAGACGGAGCAGUCUGUUCUCUACGAGUCUACAGUAAGCCCAGUUACACAAAUAAGGGGACAUCACCUGUUGCAGUGUGGGUCUUUGAGUAACUGGGUAACUUUGAUGUGUGUUAUACGCUGUGGAACACUGAGACAUAGAGAUGACUGGAGCUCUCUUGUCUGGGCUUCUGCUCUGUUGCAUAGUGGUGCUGUGUGAAUGUGAGCCAACACAACCGGGGCCAGACAAAGGAGAGAUGGACUCAGGUGAGGGCAGUCUGGUCCAUCAAACAUCAGACUGGGUGUUCCAGCUGGUCAACGUAUCCCUGGACCUCUCCCAGGCAGAGAGCUUCUGCAGCGGCCAGUUCAGCUCCCUCACCACCCUGGGCCAGCCUGAAGAUGAGGAGGGAACCCUGGCGCUCCAGAGGCAGGCAGGCCUGCAUGGACCCAUGUGGGUCAGGGACCCCAACAGACCAAUGAGCAGGCCUCUGGCACUAGCCAAACAGUACAUGCUCUUCCAAGCCCUGAACUUUCCCAGGGAUUCUCAGGAGGGCUACGGUCGUGUCAACAUGAUGUUCCCGGCCCUGCCAGCGGUGAGCGUGUGUGUCCGCGUGCAGUGGGACCCCCAGUGGGACCAGGUGUCCACCAUGUACUCCUACGCCGCACCUGUCUUCACCAAUGAGUUCCAGCUGCGCGGGCAGGUGGACAGAACAGGACGCAUACUGCUGGCGCUCAUUGUCCACGGGCAGCACUUCCCCUACAAGGCCUCCUUCCUCAACGAUGGGGCCUGGCACCACCUCUGUGUUACUUGGCGCAAGGCUGACGGCCACUGGGCCAUCUAUGUGGACGGGGAGAGAGGGGCCAUGGGCUCAAGGACUAACACCCCCAGGGACAUACAUGGAGAGGGCAUACUUAUCCUGGGGCAGGACCAGGACUCAUUUGGAGGGAACUUCACUGAACCCUUCGUAGGGAAUAUCACAGAUCUGAAUGUCUGGGACACAUCCUUGGAGCAGAGGCAGUUCCGUGCCCUGGACGGCUGCUCACCUUUGACCCAGAAAGCUAUAUUUACCUGGAGUAAUGAUAAUAUGACCCGUCACCCAGUGGUAAAAGAGGUGUCAGCCAAUCUGUUCUGCCCAGGGGUCCACAGGCAGAGGGAGAUGCAGGGCUGCAGGGCUCUAGAGGGCUGGUCUAGCCAACAGCUCCCCUUGUACAGCUCUGCAGACUGCUCCACCACACUCCCCUUCAUCUGCAGGACCAGCAGGGAGCGCUAUGUUAAGAUGAAGGGGUUGAGUGAGUUACAGAGCUCCCAUCCCAGUCCCUUCAUGAACCUCCUCAUGCAGCUCUCCAAUGGAACACAGGGUGUGGAGGGUGUGAUUGGGGAGCAGUCAGGGGGUCAGAUGAGCUGGGGUCAGGUGUCCAGUCUGCUCAACAUGUCCAGGCAGGCCCUGGAAGACACCAAAGAGGGGCUGCAGCCUAGAGACAUGCUGUCCCUGGUCCAACUGCUAGUGCGGGCUGCAGACGUGCCCACAGACAUGGCCACGGAGGGGAACCACAGCCGGGCCACCAACAGCGCUGGGGAGCUCAGCCACACCUUCAUCACUGUGGCUGACAGCAUCAUCAGCCAGGACAACGUCCCCAAGUGGCAGGCCAUCAAACAGGUGGUGAGUGGACCGAUGACUGUGGUCAGGAGUAUUGACCGCAUGGUGACCAGUCUGAGCACUCGGCUGAUGGCAGAAACCGACCAUCUGCUCAUUCACAGCUCCAGCAUCAAGCUGGAGGUCCAGCAGAAGCGUCUGGGAGAGGAAUCCAGUGGGUCUAAGUUCUGUGGUCCAGUGGUGGACAGCAACACCAACAUAGACUGCAUCUCAGUCCCCAUACAGAACAUGCAGGAUCUCCAUGACAAUGGCUUCCAGAUGGUGACUGUGGUGAACACAUGGUACAGUUCCCUGCGGCCUCUCUUCAACUCACAAGAGAACAUCACCAUGUUUCCCAUCGUCACCGAUGGCAUCCAGAGAUACCUGGGCACCAUCCUGGGCUCUUCUGUCAUCUCUACUACAGUCCUGGGUGACGGACAGCCUGUCAGCAUGGCUGUACGCUUCCAGCUCCAACAUAGAGCUCGGAAUCCUGUAGGGACCGUGUAUGACCCAGUCUGUGCAUUCUGGGACUUUGAUCUGAUGCCAGAGGCAGAGGGGUGGUGGUCUACUAGAGGAUGUGAGGUCAUCUCUAAACAAUACGACUCCACUGUCUGCUUCUGCAACCACACCACCAACUUUGCCCUGCUGAUGCAAGUCUAUGAAGUCCAGAGGAGCCCAGAGAAUGAAAAAGCCCUCCAGGUGAUGACGUUCAUCGGCUGUGGAGUGUCCCUGUGUGGCCUACUCUUCACCUUCAUCCUCUUCAUUGCUGUAGGAGUUCCUAAGUCUGACCGCACCACUGUCCAUAAGAACCUGAUCGUGGCUCUGGGAAUAGCUGAGCUGCUGCUAAUGUGCAGUGACUGGGCCUCUGCUAACGAGGGGGCGUGUCUGGUGGUGACAGCCCUGCUGCACUUUUUCUUCAUGGCCUCCUUCUCCUGGAUGCUGGUGGAGGGGCUGCUGCUGUGGAGUAAGGUGGUGUCUGUCAACAUCAGCGAGGACCGGAGGAUGAAGAUGUACUAUUCCAUCGGCUGGGGUCUACCUGUUGUGAUUGUUGGUGUAACCUUGACGAUAUCCUUGGACAAGUACAAAGCAGACAAUCACUGCUGGCUCAAUGUGGAGACUGAUAUGAUUUGGGCUUUUGUGGGACCUGUUCUAUUUAUCUUGGUUGUCAAUGCAGUGGUGCUUUGCCGGGUAGUCAUAGUGACAGUGUCCAGCGCUCGUCGUCGCGCAAAGAUGCUCACUCCCAGUUCGGCAUCUAAACUCCAUACCUUCGACCUGACCUGGGCUGUGACGCGACCAGUCCUUAUUCUCCUUCCAGUGCUGGGCCUUACCUGGCUGUGUGGAGUCCUGGUGCACCUAUCCAUGAUGGUGGCCUAUGUCUUCAUCGCUCUCAAUGCUUUCCAGGGCCUGUACAUAUUCCUGGUGUAUGCGGUUUACAAUAGUGAGGUGAGGAAUGCCAUAAAGAGGAUCAAAGAGAAGAGGAAAGCCUUGUCUUUCACGAACUGUUCCCAGCCAAUCAGCUUUCUGCCGUCCCAGAGGGGUCCAGCCCAGAUGUGGACCCAGAGUCUGCCACCUCCCUCCAGCCCAGAGACCAGCGACAUCUCAGGCCCCGGCAGCACCACCUCCACCUCACUGGUCAUCAAGAGCGAGAGUUUUGGAAAAGAAAGUAGUUUCUCCUUGAAACCUGCAUCAGGAAACCAGGUGGUUCAACUGACUGCUUUCAAGCCCUCAGGCUGCUGAUGGAAUGUUUGGAAUUGGACACAAAGGCACAUUUAUCAUAUAACCUGGUGGGAAGAAAGCGGAAUUGCACAGUGGAUACCACAAACAGAUACACACAAUAGAUGCAUCCUCUCUCAUACAAAUAUUGUAGAUGGUGUAAAUAGACACACACUCAAAAACUGCACAUAUAGAAUACACACACACAGAGCAUGUGAAGCAGGAAGUGUUUUUUUAGGGCGACAGCUCCUCCUCCACCACAGUGUCCCAUUCCCAGGGUCAGGAACCAUCUGCUGUUUAGGAAAUCGCUGUUCCAGAGAGGCAACACAACAUUUGUCGUGUGCAUACAGACUUCAGUUUCAUUCUCUUUUGCUGAGUGGCUUAUCACACCUUCAGUCUUUUUUUUACAGUCAUCUUUUUGUGUAUGUGUCAUUUUGGUUUUUACAGACAUAACUAGACAGUAGACGUUACUGUUUUUACAGACAUAACUAGACAGUAGAUGUUACUGUUUUUACAGACAUAACUAAACAGUAGAUGUUACUGAUUUUACAGACAUAACUAGACAGUAGACAUGACUGUUUUUACAGACAUAACUAGACAGUAGACGUUACUGUUUUUACAGACAUAACUAGACAGUAGACAUGACUGUUUUUACAGACAUAACUAGACAGUAGACAUGACUGUUUUUACAGACAUAACUAGACAGUAGAUGUUACUGUUUUUACAGACAUAACUAGACAGUAGACAUGACUGUUUUUACAGACAUAACUAGACAAUAGACAUGACUGUUUUUACAGACAUAACUAGACAGUAGACAUUACUGUUUUUACAGACAUAACUAGACAGUAGACAUGACUGUUUUUACAGACAUAACUAGACAGU